AUGGAUUUGUCCAACAACAUGCUCCAAGGGGAGAUUCCACCAGCUUUCGCUGAACUCAAGAACUUGACUCUCCUCAAUCUCUUCAGAAACAAGCUCCAUGGCGCCAUUCCGGAGUUCAUCAGCGAGAUGCCGCAGCUUGAGGUGUUGCAACUCUGGGAGAAUAACUUCACCAAAAACAUUCCUCAAGGUUUGGGUAGUAACGGAAGGCUCUCGAUUCUGGGUCUUUCUUCCAACAAGCUCACUGGAAUUCUGCCUCCCGAUCUCUGUACUGGUAAUCACUUAUAG